AUGGCUAGUAAAGUUUACCGCUUAAGCACUAGUCUUAAUUAUGUAUUAACUGUUAGCUCUACUAGGUUAUACAGCAGAUGGAUGCAUCGAAGACCCGCCAAAGUUAUUUUACCUAUGAACGCAAAUUCGAAUGUUACAUUGAAAAAAGAAAAAAUUAUAGACCUUCAGCCUGAAAAGCUACAACAAGUUAAAAAAGAUAAUUUAGAUAAUGAAAAUAACAAAAAGGGUACGGGUAUAUUAAGCGAAAUUAAUGACCCACCUUUACAUCCAAAACCAUCAAAAGGAAUAAAAGAAAUAAGGGUUAACAAGCUUAAACAACGAAAUUUCUAUCUUAGUCAAAAAAAGGUAUUUGAUGAUAAUGGUGAAAUAAUAUAUGAAAAACUAAAAGAAAAUGAUAGUAGAAUAAGUUCUCUUCUAGUAAAAUUGAAGUCUAAAAAAGAGAGACAGCGUACAAACCAAAUGCUUGUUGAAGGGUGGCGUCUAAUUGUUGAUGGACUUGAAUCAAAGUGCAAAUUGAAAUAUGUCAUAUUUAGCCAAACAAAGGACCUUAAUAAUUUGCACCCAUUCUUACCAAACACAGGUGUACAGAUAUACAAAAUAGCAUAUAAGGAGAUAGAGAAGUGGUCAGAUGUGAAAACACCACCAGGGAUAUUUGGUGUAUUUGAAAUGCCUACUGCAGAAAAUGUAAAGAAACUAUCAAAGCCACUCCCAUUGUCCUUUAUUUGUGACAACAUUAGAAAUCCAGGCAAUUUAGGUGGAAUUCUUAGAGCUGCUGUUGGAGUUGGGUGUGAAAAAGUUAUAUUAACUAAAGGUUGUGUAGAUCUUUGGGACCCGAAAGUUAUUAGAACUGCUGCAGGUGCUCACUUCAGACAGCCUAUACAUACGUCAGUAGAUUGGGAAGAAAUUCCUAAGCUUGUCAACACUAAUACAUCGUUAUUCAUCGCCGAUAGUAAUGCAGAUGAUACAAAUGAGAUAGAAAGCAAAUCUGUGAUGUCAGAAAUACCAGUUCUACCAUAUUAUGGAGUGGAAUUUUCAAAUCUAAACCAUGUUACACUUGUAAUUGGUGGUGAAACCGAAGGAAUUAGUGAGGAUAGUUACAGGUUCGCAACUAUAAGAAAUGGAUUGAGAUUAAACAUACCAUUGCAAAGAGGAGUAGACAGUUUAAACACUGGUAUGGCAACAGCCGUUAUAGCAUUUGAGGUGAGAAAGCAGUUCCUUCAAGCAUGGGCUCAACAUAAAAUGGAAAGGAAGCAAAUAACUUGA